AUGGCAGCCUGGACCCUGUGCCUGGUCCUGGUGCUGGCAGCACUGGAAGGGGCAGCAAGCGAGAGCCGCUAUGAGAAGUUCCUGCGGCAGCACGUGGACCACCCCCAAACAGCCAAGCAGGCCGCUCAUCGCUACUGCGAGACCAUGCUGGCCCGCCGGCGGGUGACGGCCCCCGGGCGCCCGUGCAAGCCCUCCAACACCUUUGUGCACGCACCUGCUGAGGAGCUGGUGGCUGCCUGCAGCCAGGCACCCGAUGAAGGGGGGUUCCACAGCACUCCCACAGCCAUGACCCUCACAGCCUGCCGCGUGCGGGGUGGCAGCACCCGCCCCCCGUGUGCCUACCGGGCCAAGCAGGUCCAGCACCACGUGCGUGUCACCUGCCUUAACGGGCUGCCCGUGCACCUGGCUGGCACCUACCCACCCCCUCAGUGA